AUGAUUUACCACCCGUGGGAAUCUAUGAAUUAUCCAGGAACAACUCCAUGCAUAACAAAGGAACAUCGCUUACUCCCACCCCAAAGCGAAAAAAGCGAUGAGUCAUCAGGCUGCGCGGCGCGUCUCCUAACUCACAGCAGCGAAACGAGGAGUCGCGUUGUAUCACUAUGUCAGAUCUCUGUAAGACUUCCGCGGAAGUCCCUACCAGUACCUUUUACACGCUCUUCUUUAUUAGCUUCUUCAUGA